CUGGGAUUCACAGCUGCCUACCUUCACAUUCAGCGACAUGUUCAUUCAGAUUUCUACCCGUUUGGCAUCCCAAUAUAUAUAUGGAUUUGGGGAAACAGAGCACACCAUGUUUCGACGCAACAUGAGCUGGCACACCUGGGGAAUGUUCACAAGGGACCAGGCUCCUACUUAUAAGUUGAAUUCCUACGGUUAUCAGCCAUUUUACAUGGCUCUUGAAGAAGAUGGCAACGCCCAUGGAGUUCUCUUGCUUAACAGCAAUGCAAUGGAUGUGACGUUCCAGCCAACCCCUGCCCUGACAUACCGCACCAUUGGAGGAAUUCUGGACUUUUACAUGGUUUUGGGCCCAACACCAGAACUUGUUGUUCAGGAGUACACUGCACUGAUUGGACGACCAGUGAUGCCACCCUACUGGUCCUUGGGAUUCCAGUUGUGCCGCUAUGGAUACAGGAACGACACUGAAAUUUCCCAGCUGGUGGAGGAAAUGAAGGCGGCUAACAUUCCCUAUGAUGUCCAAUAUGUAGAUAUUGACCAUAUGGAACGGCAACUGGACUUCACUCUUGGCGCACGCUUUGAGGGAUUACCGGCUCUAAUUAACAAAAUAAAAGCAGAAGGAAUGAGAUUCAUCAUUAUCCUGGAUCCAACGAUCUCUGGAAACGAAACUGAUUAUCUUACUUUCUCGAGAGGUGUAGCCGACGAUGUCUUCAUCAAGUGGCCGAAUACCAAUGACAUUAUAUAUUCCAAGGUCUGGCCGUUUCUUCCCAAUGUUGAAGUCAAUGAGUCACUUCCCGAGCAAACCCAAAUACAGCUCUAUGGAGCACAUGCAGCUUUCCCAGACUUCUUCCGCAAUUCCACAGUGGAGUGGUGGAAGAGAGAAAUCCUGGAGUUCUACAACAACCCCCGUAACAACUCAAAAAGUGUGAAGUUUGAUGGCCUGUGGAUUGACAUGAAUGAACCGGCAGCUUUUUAUAAUGGCGCCAUUGGUGGUUGUAGAGAUGACCUCCUUAAUAAGCCACCAUAUAUUCCUCAUUUGGGAUCCCGGCCAGAUGGUUUAAUUGUCAAAACUCCAUGCAUGGAAGGUCAGCAGUAUCUUCCGGACGGUACCCCAGUUAGACACUAUGAUGUCCACAGUCUUUAUGGAUGGUCACAAACAAAACCUACCCACGACGCUGUGCAGAAUGCCACAAAAGAGCGUGGGAUCGUCAUCACCCGCUCAACAUAUCCCAGCAGUGGAAGAUGGGCUGGACAUUGGCUGGGUGAUAACAAGGCAGCUUGGGAUCAGCUGGCUAAAUCUAUUAUUGGUAUGAUGGAGUUCAGCCUCUUUGGAAUAUCUUAUACAGGAGCUGAUAUCUGUGGCUUCUUUAAUGACUCACAGUACGAGUUGUGUCUUCGCUGGAUGCAGCUGGGUGCAUUUUACCCAUAUUCAAGGAAUCACAAUGAGAAAGGAACAAGAAGGCAAGAUCCUGUUUCCUGGAAUGCAACAUUUGAGGACAUUUCCAGGAAGGUGCUGAAUAUAAGAUACACUCUGUUACCCUAUUUUUAUACAUUAAUGUACCACGCCCAUGCCCACGGCAGUACUGUGAUCCGCCCCGUACUCCAUGAGUUUGUGGAAGACAGAGCAACAUGGGAUGUAUAUGAACAAUUCCUUUGGGGACCUGCACUGCUCAUCAGCCCUGUAAUGCAACCGAAUGCUGUAACGGUGGAUGCUUACAUACCUGAUGCCCGCUGGUAUGAUUACUACACAGAUGGAGAUAUUGGUAUUAGGGGAAAGUCAGUAACUCUAUCAGCUCCUUUGGACCAUAUCAAUCUUCAUAUCCGAGGCGGUUACAUCCUCGCAUGGCAACAACCUGCUAAUACAACUUUUUACAGCCGGAAAAACCCAAUGGGACUUACUGUUGCUUUGAAUGACACUCAGAUGGCAGAAGGACAGCUUUAUUGGGAUGAUGGGGUUCGCAUUGACGCGUAUGAAGAUGGUGCAUAUCUGCUAACAUCAUUUACUGCUAAGCAGAAUGUUUUAGAUAUCACAGUUGUGCAUCACGGUUACACUGAUCCAAACAACUUAAUGUUUACUGAAAUUAAAGUCCUGGGCGUGAACACCAACGUUCAGCAGGUAGAUGUAUUGCAGGACGGUGGGAUAAUUCCGUCACCUCACACUGUGAGCUACAACAGCACCACCCAGGUUGUUCAUAUAACAGGACUUCAGCUUGAACUGGGAAAAUCCUACACACUGCAAUGGACUCAGCAAUCAAGUAUCAAUGAAAGGUUUGAUUGUUAUCCCAAUCAGGAUCCUACAAAAGAAAAAUGUGAACAACUUGGCUGUGUCUGGGAGUCACCAUCAAACCCAGAUAGUCCAUCCUGCUAUUACAACUCCGACAACGCUUACUCUGUUGAUGGAGUAGAAUACUCCUCAUCAGGUUUGGUAGCCAACCUGACCGUAAACAGCAUCAAUGCCAGAGCUAAUGAGAAUUACACUGCACCAAUUGGUACACUGCGCUUGGAGGUUAAAUAUCAUAGCAACCACAUGCUGCAAUUUAAGAUUUAUGAUUACCAGAAUGCACGAUAUGAGGUUCCUAUAUCAUUAAAUCUCCCAAGCUCCCCAGCGAAUACAGUCGAGGACCUACUCUAUGAAGUAUCAGUUCAGAGAAAACCAUUUGGUAUACAGGUUCGACGCAAAAGCACAGGGACAGUCAUCUGGGAUUCACAGCUGCCUACCUUCACAUUCAGCGACAUGUUCAUUCAGAUUUCUACCCGUUUGGCAUCCCAAUAUAUAUAUGGAUUUGGAGAAACAGAGCACACCAUGUUUCGACGCAACAUGAGCUGGCACACCUGGGGAAUGUUCACAAGGGACCAGGCUCCUACUUAUAAGUUGAAUUCCUACGGUUAUCAGCCAUUUUACAUGGCUCUUGAAGAAGAUGGCAACGCCCAUGGAGUUCUCUUGCUUAACAGCAAUGCAAUGGAUGUGACGUUCCAGCCAACCCCUGCCCUGACAUACCGCACCAUUGGAGGAAUUCUGGACUUUUACAUGGUUUUGGGCCCAACACCAGAACUUGUUGUUCAGGAGUACACCAAGCUGAUUGGACGACCAGUGAUGCCACCCUACUGGUCCUUGGGAUUCCAGUUGUGCCGCUAUGGAUACAGGAACGACACUGAAAUUUCCCAGCUGGUGGAGGAAAUGAAGGCGGCUAACAUUCCCUAUGAUGUCCAAUAUGUAGAUAUUGACCAUAUGGAACGGCAACUGGACUUCACUCUUGGCGCACGCUUUGAGGGAUUACCGGCUCUAAUUAACAAAAUAAAAGCAGAAGGAAUGAGAUUCAUCAUUAUCCUGGAUCCAACGAUCUCUGGAAACGAAACUGAUUAUCUUACUUUCUCGAGAGGUGUAGCCGACGAUGUCUUCAUCAAGUGGCCGAAUACCAAUGACAUUAUAUAUUCCAAGGUCUGGCCGUUUCUUCCCAAUGUUGAAGUCAAUGAGUCACUUCCCGAGCAAACCCAAAUACAGGUAAAUAUUGGUACGGUUUGCUUUCCCAACUUCUUCCGCAAUUCCACAGUGGAGUGGUGGAAGAGAGAAAUCCUGGAGUUCUACAACAACCCCCGUAACAACUCAAAAAGUGUGAAGUUUGAUGGCCUGUGGAUUGACAUGAAUGAACCGGCAGCUUUUUAUAAUGGCGCCAUUGGUGGUUGUAGAGAUGACCUCCUUAAUAAGCCACCAUAUAUUCCUCAUUUGGGAUCCCGGCCAGAUGGUUUAAUUGUCAAAACUCCAUGCAUGGAAGGUCAGCAGUAUCUUCCGGACGGUACCCCAGUUAGACACUAUGAUGUCCACAGUCUUUAUGGAUGGUCACAAACAAAACCUACCCACGACGCUGUGCAGAGUGCCACAAAAGAGCGUGGGAUCGUCAUCACCCGCUCAACAUAUCCCAGCAGUGGAAGAUGGGCUGGACAUUGGCUGGGUGAUAACAAGGCAGCUUGGGAUCAGCUGGCUAAAUCUAUUAUUGGUAUGAUGGAGUUCAGCCUCUUUGGAAUAUCUUAUACAGGAGCUGAUAUCUGUGGCUUCUUUAAUGACUCACAGUACGAGUUGUGUCUUCGCUGGAUGCAGCUGGGUGCAUUUUACCCAUAUUCAAGGAAUCACAAUGAGAAAGGAACAAGAAGGCAAGAUCCUGUUUCCUGGAAUGCAACAUUUGAGGACAUUUCCAGGAAGGUGCUGAAUAUAAGAUACACUCUGUUACCCUAUUUUUAUACAUUAAUGUACCACGCCCAUGCCCACGGCAGUACUGUGAUCCGCCCCGUACUCCAUGAGUUUGUGGAAGACAGAGCAACAUGGGAUGUAUAUGAACAAUUCCUUUGGGGACCUGCACUGCUCAUCAGCCCUGUAAUGCAACCGAAUGCUGUAACGGUGGAUGCUUACAUACCUGAUGCCCGCUGGUAUGAUUACUACACAGAUGGAGAUAUUGGUAUUAGGGGAAAGUCAGUAACUCUAUCAGCUCCUUUGGACCAUAUCAAUCUUCAUAUCCGAGGCGGUUACAUCCUCGCAUGGCAACAACCUGCUAAUACAACUUUUUACAGCCGGAAAAACCCAAUGGGACUUACUGUUGCUUUGAAUGACACUCAGAUGGCAGAAGGACAGCUUUAUUGGGAUGAUGGGGUUCGCAUUGACGCGUAUGAAGAUGGUGCAUAUCUGCUAACAUCAUUUACUGCUAAGCAGAAUGUUUUAGAUAUCACAGUUGUGCAUCACGGUUACACUGAUCCAAACAACUUAAUGUUUACUGAAAUUAAAGUCCUGGGCGUGAACACCAACGUUCAGCAGGUAGAUGUAUUGCAGGACGGUGGGAUAAUUCCGUCACCUCACACUGUGAGCUACAACAGCACCACCCAGGUUGUUCAUAUAACAGGACUUCAGCUUGAACUGGGAAAAUCCUACACACUGCAAUGGACUCAGCAAUCAAGUAUCAAUGAAAGGUUUGAUUGUUAUCCCAAUCAGGAUCCAACAAAAGAAAAAUGUGAACAACUUGGCUGUGUCUGGGAGUCACCAUCAAACCCAGAUAGUCCAUCCUGCUAUUACAACUCCGACAACGCUUACUCUGUUGAUGGAGUAGAAUACUCCUCAUCAGGUUUGGUAGCCAACCUGACCGUAAACAGCAUCAAUGCCAGAGCUAAUGAGAAUUACACUGCACCAAUUGGUACACUGCGCUUGGAGGUUAAAUAUCAUAGCAACCACAUGCUGCAAUUUAAGAUUUAUGAUUACCAGAAUGCACGAUAUGAGGUUCCUAUAUCAUUAAAUCUCCCAAGCUCCCCAGCGAAUACAGUCGAGGACCUACUCUAUGAAGUAUCAGUUCAGAGAAAACCAUUUGGUAUACAGGUUCGACGCAAAAGCACAGGGACAGUCAUCUGGGAUUCACAGCUGCCUACCUUCACAUUCAGCGACAUGUUCAUUCAGAUUUCUACCCGUUUGGCAUCCCAAUAUAUAUAUGGAUUUGGGGAAACAGAGCACACCAUGUUUCGACGCAACAUGAGCUGGCACACCUGGGGAAUGUUCACAAGGGACCAGGCUCCUACUUAUAAGUUGAAUUCCUACGGUUAUCAGCCAUUUUACAUGGCUCUUGAAGAAGAUGGCAACGCCCAUGGAGUUCUCUUGCUUAACAGCAAUGCAAUGGAUGUGACGUUCCAGCCAACCCCUGCCCUGACAUACCGCACCAUUGGAGGAAUUCUGGACUUUUACAUGGUUUUGGGCCCAACACCAGAACUUGUUGUUCAGGAGUACACUGCACUGAUUGGACGACCAGUGAUGCCACCCUACUGGUCCUUGGGAUUCCAGUUGUGCCGCUAUGGAUACAGGAACGACACUGAAAUUUCCCAGCUGGUGGAGGAAAUGAAGGCGGCUAACAUUCCCUAUGAUGUCCAAUAUGUAGAUAUUGACCAUAUGGAACGGCAACUGGACUUCACUCUUGGCGCACGCUUUGAGGGAUUACCGGCUCUAAUUAACAAAAUAAAAGCAGAAGGAAUGAGAUUCAUCAUUAUCCUGGAUCCAACGAUCUCUGGAAACGAAACUGAUUAUCUUACUUUCUCGAGAGGUGUAGCCGACGAUGUCUUCAUCAAGUGGCCGAAUACCAAUGACAUUAUAUAUUCCAAGGUCUGGCCGUUUCUUCCCAAUGUUGAAGUCAAUGAGUCACUUCCCGAGCAAACCCAAAUACAGCUCUAUGGAGCACAUGCAGCUUUCCCAGACUUCUUCCGCAAUUCCACAGUGGAGUGGUGGAAGAGAGAAAUCCUGGAGUUCUACAACAACCCCCGUAACAACUCAAAAAGUGUGAAGUUUGAUGGCCUGUGGAUUGACAUGAAUGAACCGGCAGCUUUUUAUAAUGGCGCCAUUGGUGGUUGUAGAGAUGACCUCCUUAAUAAGCCACCAUAUAUUCCUCAUUUGGGAUCCCGGCCAGAUGGUUUAAUUGUCAAAACUCCAUGCAUGGAAGGUCAGCAGUAUCUUCCGGACGGUACCCCAGUUAGACACUAUGAUGUCCACAGUCUUUAUGGAUGGUCACAAACAAAACCUACCCACGAGUAA